AUGCCGCCACGACCCGAUCCUAGAAUGGCAGCAGUGCUAAGGGCAUUCGAAGCCCUAGGCAAUGCCCCGGAACAGACCCCGGAGGAACUUGAAAGAUAUAGGGUGACGCAAUGCUUGGAGCAGUUUACCAAGCUUAAACCACCCCAGUUCAACGGAAUCGGUGAAGCCUGCGAGGCUGAAAACUGGUUGAGGCAAAUCUUGAAGAUCUUGGAUAUCUUACGGACACCGGAGCAGUAUCGUGUGUCCCUAGCUGUACACCAGCUUGUCGGGGAGGCUGACAACUGGUGGGAUACCGUCCGUAGCCUACGGACUGUCGCUGAUCUAACUUGGGCAGAGUUCGAGCAACUCUUUCUGGAGAGAUUCUUUCCACCUGUUCUGAAGGCACAGAAGAUCAGUGAGUUCUUUGCUUUGACGCAAGGAAACAAGACCACUCACGAGUAUGUUGUGGCCUGA